GAAAAAGUGAACCAAGGGAGAAGAAACCCAGGUAGAUAGAUACCGGCUGCCCUGCUGAGUAUUUCCAGCGUUUUCUGUCAGCGGUGUUGCUGUUAAAUUGAGAAUCUGAACUAAAACGCCAUGGAUUUCGAGGAAUUCCGCAUAAGGGGUAAAGAGAUGGUGGAUUUCAUCACAGAUUACCUGAAAACCGUCGAACAGCGUCGGGUCUACCCAGCGGUGCAGCCCGGGUACCUGCGGCCGCUUAUUCCAGACAGCGCGCCCCAGGACCCCGACAGUUACGAGGACCUGAUGAAGGAUGUUGAGAGAGUCAUCAUGCCGGGGAUCACUCACUGGCAAAGUCCUCAUUUUCACGCCUAUUUCCCUUCUGGCAUAUCCUUUCCCAGUCUUCUCGGCGAGAUGCUGUCUGGAGGAUUCGGCUGCGUUGGCUUUUCCUGGGCUGCGAGCCCUGUGUACACUGAGUUGGAGAUGGUGAUGCUUGAUUGGCUGGGAAAGAUGCUGAAACUGCCUGAAGAGUUUAUAUUUGGGACUGGAGGUGAAGGUGGUGGAGUGAUACAGGGCACAGCCAGCGAAAGUACACUGAUGGCACUUCUUGUGGCAAGAGGGAAGAUGAUUACACAAAUUCAGGCAAACAAUCCUGAUCUUGAAGAAAUCGUGAUCAUGUCUAAGCUGGUGGCCUACACAUCAGAUCAGUCUCACUCUUCUGUUGAACGAGCAGGAUUGAUUGGUAUGAUCAAAAUGAGAAAAUUAUCCACUGAUGAGAAAUUCAGUCUUCGUGGGGAGACACUGAAACAAGCUCUGGAAGAAGAUAAAGCUUUGGGUCUCAUCCCUUUCUUUCUUUGUGCAACACUUGGCACCACUUCCUCCUGUGCAUUUGAUAACAUUAUGGAGCUGGGACCCAUCUGUAACUCUGAGAAUAUCUGGAUGCACAUUGAUGCAGCCUAUGCAGGAAGUGCUUUCAUCUGUCCAGAAUUCAGACCUCUUUUAAAUGGAGUGGAGUUUUCAGAUUCUUUCAACUUUAACCCUCAUAAGUGGCUUUUAAUCAACUACGAUUGUUCAGCCAUGUGGGUGAAAAAAAGAUCAGAAGUUAUUCACGCUUUUAAAGUGGAUCCCCUUUACUUGCAACAUGAUCAUGAGGACUGUGAAUUCAUUACUGAUUACAGGCAUUGGCAGAUUCCCUUUGGGAACAGAUUCCGCUCUCUGAAAAUGUGGCUUGUAUUCAGAUUGUACGGAGUAAAAGGACUUCAAGAACAUAUUCGCAGGCAUGUGGCUCUAGCACAUGAGUUUGAAAGUUUGGUACGUCAAGAUGAACAGUUUGAGGUUAUUGGUGAUGUGGUAUUGGGACUGGUGUGCUUUAGAAUGAAGGGCUCAAAUGAUCUAAAUGAAAGGCUCAUGAAAGAGAUAAACAACAGGGGGAAGAUUCACAUUGUGUCCUGCUGCCUUCGAGGGAAGUUUGUCCUCCGUUUUGCUUUAAGUGCUGAAGCAACGAAAAGUGAACAUAUCCAAUAUGCCUGGCAAAAUAUACAAGAGAUUGCCGCUGAUCUUCAAUUGGGUCAUGAGUAAGAAAAUAUAAGAAAAUAAAAUAUGAGGAAUACAUGUCUUGCGUAAGAGAGCACAGUUUAAAGCAGCUCCAAACCAAGCAUGAUACUGAAAAAAAUUAUUCUUCCAUUACUUAUUCACUUCCUCAGAUCUACUUGGCAUUUUCUUGUUAUUUUUGAUCAUUUUGCAUAGUUUUUGAUGCAAUUAACAUUGUUAUUCUGAGCACUUGCUAUUUCAAGGCCUGCCGCUCUUUCCUACUUACAAUAGUAGAAUUAUUAGUUGCACAUAAUAUAACCUAAUAGCUCAUUAAGCUUUGACCAAAGCCACGUAAAAGACAAUCACAAUGAUGUGGGACUGGAGUCACAUAUAGGCCACACCUAGUAGGUGAAGCAGAUUUCUUUCCUCAAAAUCAUUUGGGGAUUUAUGGCAAUAACUUUUAAUGGUCACUAGUUUUUUUUUAACUGGUGACUAUCUGCAUAUGAGAAAUACUCAGGACAAAAGCAUAGCGGUUAGCAUGAUGCUAAUACAGCGCCAGCGAUCAGGGUUCAAUUCCCAUCGCUGUCUGUAAGGAGUUUGUACGUUCUCCCCGUGUCUGCAUGGGUUUCCUCCGGGUGCUCCGGUUUCCAAAGAUGUACGGGUAGGUUAACAUGGGUUUAAAUGGGCAGUGCGGACACAUUGGGCUGGAAGGGCCCGUUACCAUGCUGUAUAAAUAAAGUUUUUUUGUAAAGAAAUUUCACCACUUACAUGAUAAUUUUACCUGAUUGCUAAAGUUAUGUUAGAACCAUGAAUUGUGAAAACAGGAAGUAGUGGAGCUAAUUUUGAUGAGCAGAGAAUAGUGAAACAGAAUAAUUCCUACGUUUGAGAUAAAACAUAUUCACUAAAUAACUUGUGAUUAUGUAGAUGGCAGUCUUGCUUUGAUGGAUUGAUGGUAUGUACAAAAAUAUUACAGCUUUGUAAAAUCUAAUUAAAUUAAAAUUAUGCUAAUCAUUUUAAUUCUUCACUAUUGUCAUGCUUUACACAUUUUAACUUUUGUGUCUGAUUGCUAUUAUACGUGUGAUCAGUGUUCCUUUCUUCCUCAGGGGUAUUAACAGUUAAUCCUACAUCUAAUUUAGUUAUUUAAGAGAAGACCCAGGAUUAUUUAUUGGUUUACACAGUAGACUCGGCCAAGUCAUGCAAACGCAACAGAAGACACAAUGUCUCAUACCAUCAGAAUUGAAGUUGAACAAAUGACAAAUGGCAAAGCUAUGAGACGUCAUUGGAACCACACCAGAUUUGCACAAGAGAUUAUCCCAUUCUGACCUCAUUGACUGCACAUUGACCAAAGCCCAUCCUGAAUUAUUUUAAGAGCAUCUAAUAAAAUCAUAAUAGAUUAAAGCUGGAUGCCAUGUGGAGUUGUCAUUUGAAGAAUUUGGAGAAAGAUCCACUAGCCACAACUCUCACCACAUUUGUGUCAUUAAAGAUGUCUGGCAACAGC